AAACAAAUGUUUUCCAGUAUAAAAACAGGGUGGGAAUUAUAUGAAAAAUUUGAAUCCGAGUUUUCACCAUCAGCUGUUGUCGCGUUGUUUCAGCAAAAAUUAAAAUACGCGUUACCACCAAUAUACACUUACGACAAGAAGGUCAAUAGAAAAUACUCAUGUAAAUUAACUUACGAGAACGAAGAGUGGGAAACCGAACUAUUGUACGACAGACAAAAGGAUGCAAAAAAUGCUGUAGCUAAAGUGGUGUUAAAAAUUUUAACAAAUCGUUAUCCAAAGUUGGCGGUUACCAUCCAACAGAUCCUCGAAAUGAGAUGUAAGUUAGGCCCCAAGCGACUAGUGUUUGGAAAUGGUGUUCAUCAAAUGACAAAAGACAUUGCCGAAAAAAUUUCAAGACCACCAUCCGAUAUUUGGCUCGAUACACAACAACCAUUAACACCAUAUAGAACACUUUUAGCCGACUUCAUGUUGAAUUAUAACCUUGGAAAUCCAGUUUAUGUUGACAUUAAACCACCACAACCACAAUUAGUAGGGAUUAAAUAUAUUAACCAUUGCAACGAUCUUACGAUUUCCAUUGCAAAAACUGUAGCUGAUGCUGCUACCCAUCCACCGCCAGUAGCUAAUGCUGACUCUGAUACUGCAAAAAAAGGAUUAUUAUUUUAUGUUUCUCUUAUUAUUGGAAAACGCAAAUUCAAUCUAUCAAAAGGAUUUGAAACCAGGCCCGAGGCACAAGAUCACGUUGCUGCUAUAGCCCUUGAAAUUUUGCAUAAAGAAAUUAGAUUAGAUGAAAUGAAAAUCAUUCGUGAAAAAAGAAUAGAUACAGCUAAGUUAGAAGUAAGAAAAAAGGAAUCAAUGGACUGUGGAAGUCAAUCAUCUUUAGUUAAAGAAGGAAGACCAUCAGAUCACAGAAAUCAACCAUCUUUAGUCAAAGAAGGAGGACCACCAGAUCACAGAAAUCAACCAUCUUUAGUCAAAGAAGGAGGACCAUCAGAUCACAGAAAUCAGCCAUCUUUGGUCAAAGAAGGAGGACCAUCAGAUCACAGAAAUCAGCCAUCUUUAGUUAAAGAAGGAAGACUAUCGGAUCCAUCAUCUUUAAUGAAAAAAGGAAGACAAUCAGAUCACGGAAAUCGAUCAUCCUUAGUGAGUGAAAAAAGGUCAUCAGACUACAAAAAUCGAUCAUCUUCAAUGAAAAAAAGAAGACCAUUAUAUUCACCUUCUUUAGUGGAAGAAAGGAGUUGUUUCUAUCAUAGAAAUCAAAAAUAUCUUCCUUUGUUCACUAAAGAUAAGGCGAACAAAAGAAGAGAUCGAUCAUCUUUAGUAAACAAAAAACAUUUUUACCACAGAGAUCAAUUAUCAUUGGCGAAAGAAAGAAGAAAUUUGUACCGUAGAGAGCAAUCAACUUUAGUUAAAGAGAGAAGACAUUUUGGAGGUCGAUCAUCUUUAGUGAAAGAAGGAAGACCAUCAGAUUACGGAAAUCAAUCAUCCUUAGUGAGCGAAAGAAGACCAUCAGAUCCAUCAUCUUUAAUAAGAGAAAAAAGGUAUUUUGAUCACGGAAGCCCAUCAUCUUCAGUGAAAGAAGGAAGACCACCAGCUCCAUCAUCUUUAACGAAAGAAAGAAGUCACUUUUACCACAGAAAUCUGAUGAAAGAAAGAAGACCAUCAGACCACGGAGAUAGAUCAUCUUUAAUGAACAAAAGAAACAAAAGAAUACAUUUAGACCAUAGCCGUUGUUUUUCAUCUAAAACAUUCAUAGAAUUGGUACACGAAUUUGCAGCAAAAACACACGUUAUGAAACCUAGAUAUCAAAUUUUCGAAAUAAAAGAUACAGAUAACUUAGUAUUAGGAAUCAGUAAGCCUAAUCAGUUAUGA